AUGCUCGAAAUCCGUCCGUCCGCAGACCCCAAGAAACCCAGCCAUGAGUCGCCAGCUACCGCCGCGUUGAAGUGUGCAUACCAUCUUAUGCAGCAACGCAUCAUCUCCAAUCCCCAUGACAUGAUUGGUGUCCUAUUGUAUGGAACCAAACAAUCUAAGUUCUACAACGAGGACGAAAACAGCCGUGGUGACUUAUCAUACCCCAACUGCUACCUCUUCACCGACCUUGAUAUCCCCUCUGCGCACGAGGUUCUCGAAUUGCGGUCGCUAGUCGAGGACGAAGACAAAGCUAAGGAUGUGCUUGUACCGUCGGAAGAGCAUGUUUCCAUGGCCAACUUAUUGUUUUGCGCAAACCAAAUAUUCACAUCAAAGGCUCCAAAUUUCUUAUCGCGCCGGCUGUUCAUAGUCACUGAUAACGAUAACCCCCAUGGAGAUAACAAAUCACUCCGCUCUGCGGCGACUGUUCGUGCGAAAGACUUAUACGACCUUGGCGUUAUUAUUGAAUUGUUUCCAAUCUCUCAAGCUAAACAUGAAUUCGACACCUCGAAGUUCUAUGACGAUAUCAUAUACAAAGCGUCUCCUAUGGACCCAGAGGCUCCUGCCUAUUUAAAGCCUGAUUCGAAAACAACAGAUGCCCAGGAUGGUAUCUCAUUACUCAAUGGUCUUUUGUCAAGCAUCAAUUCCAAAUCUGUACCGCGCCGUGCGCAAUUUUCAAACCUUUCUUUAGAGCUGGGCCCGGACCUGAAGAUAUCUGUGUCUGGCUAUAUUCUUUUCAAACGCCAGGAGCCGGCGAGGAGUUGCUUCGUGUGGCUAGGAGGGGAAAAACCACAAAUCGCGAAGGGAGUGACUACACAGAUCGCAGACGAUUCAGCUCGAACUAUCGAGAAAUGGGAGAUCAAGAAAGCGUACAAAUUCGGAGGGGACCAAGUCUCGUUCACCCCAGAGGAACAAAAAGAUUUACGGGAUUUUGGUGAGCCGGUGAUUCGAAUUAUUGGAUUCAAGCCGCUUUCCGCCCUUCCUUUCUGGGCCAAUAUCAAGCAUCCUCUAUUUAUCUACCCUUCCGAGGAGGAUUAUGUGGGGUCUACGCGAGUAUUCUCCGCCUUGUAUCAGAAACUCUUGAGAGACCAAAAGGUCGCGCUUGUCUGGUACAUUACACGCAAGGCUAUGGCCCCAACCCUUGGUGCAAUGAUGGCCGGUGAGGAGAAAGUUGAUGAGAAUGGCGUUCAAAAGUUUCCACCGGGAAUGUGGAUCGUGCCAAUUCCCUUCGCGGACGAUGUUCGGCAGAACCCAGAGGCUACCAUUGAAGUUGCUCCAGAGCCACUCAUCGAUCAGAUGCGAACGGUCAUCCAGCAAUUACAACUCCCAAAGGGCGUUUAUGAGCCCCAUAAAUAUCCCAAUCCAUCGCUUCAGUGGCAUUAUCGGAUACUGCAAGCGCUUGCCCUCGACGAAGACGUCCCAGUGCAACCAGAAGACAAGACGCUUCCUAAAUAUCGACAAAUAGAUAAGCGUGCUGGCGACUACGUUCUUUCCUGGUCCGAUGAACUGGACAAACAAUACAACAUAAUAGCCGCCAACGGACCAAAAAGCACACUCCCAAAAAGGCCCGCAAAAGGAGACGCGGCGGACAAAGCCGGGCCUCCAGCGAAGAAAAUAAAGGCUGAAGGUGGUGGCUCCGCGGAUCACCAGGAGGAAGUCCAGAAACACUACCAGAAGGGAACGCUGUCCAAAAUGACGGUCGCUUCUCUCAAGGAGUAUCUCACAUCUCAGGGCCGGUCCGCUGCCGGUAAGAAGGCAGAGCUUGUUGAGCGGGUGGAGGAACUCAUUGAGACGAAAUAG